CCUGCGCCUGCGCCAAGGUCGGGGCAGCCGGUCAAGCCUGAUGGUGGGAGGCCGAAGGUCUCCUUCCCUCCGCGGGCGGGAGCGUUAGGUAAGCCCCCCAGGAGAGCACCAUGAAAGAUACUGACAUCAAGAGGCUGCUCUAUGCCCAUCUUUUGUGCAUAUUUUCCAUUAUCUUGAGCACUUUUGUUCCAUCGUUCUUCUUGGAGAAUUUCUCUGUAUUGAAAACUCACUUGACCUGGUUGUGCAUCUGUUCUGUGUUGGUAACCGUUUUCAAUCUAGUGUUGUAUUUAGUCGUGAAGCCAAAUACAUCCUCUAAAAGAAGUUCAUCAUCACCCAAGGUAGCCAGGUUUCUGAAAUGCUGUAUCUACUUUCUUAUGUCUUGCUUCUCCUUUCAUAUAAUUUUUGUGCUAUAUGGAGCGCCGCUCAUUGAGUUGGUGUUGGAGACAUUUUUGUUUGCAGUGAUUUUGUCUACCUUUACCACUCUGCCUUGUUUAUGUUUGUUGGGACCAAAUCUCAAAGCAUGGUUAAGAGUUUUCAGUAGAAAUGGAGUUUCAUCCAUUUGGGAGAAUAGUCUGCAGAUCACUACAAUUUCUAGUUGUAUGGGGGCGUGGCUUGGAGCAUUUCCUAUUCCCCUGGACUGGGAAAGACCAUGGCAGGUAUGGCCCAUCUCCUGUACGCUUGGAGCAACCUUUGGCUACAUGGCUGGCCUCAUCAUUUCACCACUCUGGAUAUACUGGAAUAGAAAGCGACUUACAUACAAGAACAAUUAAUAGGAGCCAAGGGGGAAAGAUAAUUCCUUUGUGCAGAUUCCAUAAGGGCUGUGCAGAAAUGUCCAUGGUCAGAGCCAAGCAGUUCAUUUACAGCACUGUUUUUUUUUUAAUGUAGUUCACAACAUGAUUGUGAUUGUAGCUUUUUAAACUAUGAAACCCCUGAGAGAUUGUAUCUUCUAGUUGAAAUAAAGUAUUUAUAAUAGAUUGUGGCUUCA